AAUCUGCAUGUUUAAGUCUUUUAGUGAGUCACUAAAUCCAUGCAGAGGCAGAAAAGAGCUACAUAGGUGCAUUUACAUAUUUGCCCAAUUUUUAGGAUGCCUUUCAAUUUAAAGAAGUGAAGGUGAAGGUCUUUUUCAGCAUCUACACUCAGGCUGACACUGAGAAGAAGAGAAGAUAAUCCUCCAGCAGCCCCAUCUCCACCAUGAAGAUUUUGACUGUGGCUGCCCUUUUUUGUGCCAUGAUGGCUCUGACUCAAGCUGCUGCUCUUCCAGAGGAAAUGCCCGAAAAUGGCCAAGCAGCAAACCUGGUCAAGAGGUCGACAGCUUGUUCUGGUGGCUGGUCUGAGUUCAGUUGUCGCUGUUUCCACUACGUUCCAACACCAAUGACUUGGGCCCAAGCUGAGAAAAACUGUGAGUCCAUGGGUGGAAACCUUGCGUCCGUUCACAACGCCGAAGAGUACCAUAAUAUUCAGAGGCUGAUCACAAGCGCAAGUCGUGAGAACAAAGAAACAUGGAUUGGAGGCUCGGAUGCACAAGAGGAGGGUGUGUGGUUGUGGAGUGAUGGUACACCCUUCAACUAUCGGUAUUAUGGAGGGUUUGAUAACUUUCAGGGCAAGCAGCACUGUCUACAGAUAAAUUAUGGAGAUGAUAAGCGCUGGGAUGACACCUUGUGUAACGUUCGCCUCCCAUCAGUUUGUGCCAAAAAGCCCUGAUAAUUCCCAGGUGAAGAACCUCCCAGAAGCCCAAACAUGGGUGGAUGUGUGUUUGUGUGUAUGUGGGAUGCAUCUGUCUUUGUGCCAUCAGUCUCAAAUCUCCAUAUAUCUCUGUCUAAAUCACAUUUCUAUAUAUCGCUGUGACGCAACUUAAGGAAAGAAACAACAAGUGACAGAAACAGUUGCUGGAUCGUUUCUGAGGCCAUGUGGCUUUAAUAACAGCAGAUUGAAUCUGUUGUUUAGUACAACAUUAUUCUGCACAGUGAACUGUUCUUUCUUGUCUUUGAAAAAAUAAAAGUCUCAAGCACUGAAAUAA